CACUUCAGGAAACCAUCCCUCCCGGCGGCUGUUCCCUUCCACCCAAAAAGAACUCUCCCGGCGGCUGAUUCAUGAUGAGCGCGCUCCGCAGGAUCUGCUGCACCGGCGGCAGAUUCUUCGUCGGCGGCAGCAAACUCCGCAGCGACGGCCGAGGCAGUACCCUAUUGGUACGGCGACAUUCGACCGGCUCGCCAGUUAUUAAUUAUAUGGAGGAAGCAAAUAAAUGGGCAAAGAGUAGUGGUGGAAAAAAAGUGGUCACUAGCCUUUUCUUGACAUUUGGAGCAACUAUAUUUGUGGAUUGGUACGUGUCAUCUGUCAAAUCUCAUGCUAAAAAGUACGUUGAUGAGAUGGUAACUCAACAAGACGAGUCAACGAAAGCAUUUCAAAUGGAGUUUGAAAAGGAGCUGCAGCAGCUGGAGAGAAAGCUUGAUUCGUUCUUGGAUGAUAAGAAAAUGAUGUUGAUAAUGAAUGAUAAACAACUCUCAGUGGCCAAAAGAGCAGACCUGGCAUAUAACUCGAAAUUUCAGCACUGGGAGGAAGAGUUGACUCCUCCACUCAAAAAGACUUCUUUUGCAGUAGUGGGUGGCAGUCAAGAUGUUGAUCUGCUACCCAUUACCUGUUCGGUAUGUGGUCAUGCGGUGCCUCUUCUGGAGCCUGCAAGGCCAAUUGAAGAGUUUGAGGCACCUGGGACUAAGGCGUUGGUGAUCGAGGAGCCUGGAGCGACUUCGACUCACUAAGGAGUUUGGGUUGCUGUCACCAUUGUCGUUUGAGGAGGCUCAAACACAUGUCAGAGGUGUAGUAAAGUCACCGACGCCAGUUGAUAAAUUGGGUGCCAUGGUGCCUUGAGCCUGAGACGCCCGAGACUCAGGAAGUAGGCUGUAUGGUCACCCUGGGAAUUAUAUUUCUUUCCGUUGUUUGAAAUUCAGUUACUGUUUGACAUUGUAUAUUAUUUUCACCUCCCACAGUUGAGAAAUGUUAGUAUGCAAGAUGAUGUUAUAUUCAGCAGUUUUUUUUUU